AAUUAAACCAGGAUGCUUCCCUUGCCGGUGCUGGGUUUCACAAUUGAAUUGACUGCUGAGAUGGGCCGUUCCGGGCUGUCACGGCUCUGACCCGCUUCGGCCCGGUUCCGUAACUGGAUGGGACCCGUGGCCCAAGAUAGGGGUGAGGGGGAGAGUGAAAAGGUGGGGAGAUGGGCCUGAAAACAAAACAGCGACGAGCUAAGGGAGAAAACUAAUUUACUAACUAUGAUAGCAGAAAGCGUGAUAAGGCAAUGUAAUGCCAUUGGAAUUGAAGCUGAUAAAUGAGCGCCCAGAACCAAAGGCAUUACUUACUGUAAUGCUGAAGGCCAGGUGGCUGGGCAGCACGCACCGCAGUGAUGAGCAGUAGAAGAAGGGCCGUCUCGUGACUCCCAAGCACUUCCAUCUUUCCCUCUGAACGGAAAAUGGAAUGGAAUAGCAAAGUCUUCUGGGAGAUGUAGUUCUCAUCUGCGAAGGGCGCCUGGAAACUUUCCACGAUCCUUGGAACUGGAGCAUUAACUCUUUAACUCCCAGUGCACUACAGGAUGCUGUGAUGUGGAACACUGAUAACAAAAUUCAUAAAACUGUGACACAGGCUGAUCUUUUUGCUUCCUCAAAGUCACACCAGUACAUUGUAUGUUCUUUCAAAAUGUUAGCUUGCAGCAGACAGUGAAAAAAAAAAAAAGCCUAUUUUAAACAGAAUCCACAAAAACCUGCACUACUGUUUUGGGCAAUAAUCCCAGGAAAGUUGGUGAAGUUUGUAUCAAGUUCCUAUGCCACAGGAUUGUGUAAUUAAAAAAAAAAAAGCAAAAACAAUACUGUACAAAAGCCCUUGUUCUACAGUAUUUCGUGGGAUGUCCUCUAGAAGGCCUUCCUCAAUUUUCAGGAAAGUGAGAGGAAGUAAGUUUUGCUUCACAUGGCCCUGCAGAGGCCAUGAAGGAGUGAUCCUCCACCCUUCUGCAUGUCAUGCUGUGUUUUCUGCCACUUGCAAUGGUUUUCACUGAAAGCUUUCAGAGACUUUAGCAGUCCUUUGUCCUCCAGACAAAAACAGUCAGAGAGAGCAAGAGUUAAGCAAGUGCUUGUAGCAGUGGAUGGCUCAAAUUUCUAUGAGAGGAGGUUCUGGCACCAGCGGCUGAGUCACAUGCCAUUGGCCUUGACUGGGAGGUUGCAGCAGGUAGUAGGGACUGUGUUGCACCCACGAGGAAAUCACAUGCUGCUGAUUCCUCCAGGAGCGGUGAGCUCUGUUGGUAAAAGAAACAUCAACAGUGAGGAACCGUUCCAGGCUAAUUCUUUGGUUAUUAUUCAGUUUUCUGCUGUAGAUAAGUGAUACAUUUAGCAUAUCAGACAGGACAUCCAACAUCUGAACAAUUAUGCUCAGGAGCAAGCAUUGGAUUUGUUAAAAUCUAUUCAUUUGAUGGUUGACCAGACAAAUUUGGCUUGCAAAGGUAUUCAUCCAGCUGUCCCUUGUUACGGACUUUGGUGUGACAGGAAAAGCGUGGCUUUUAGACAGAGGUACAAGACAAGCACAGAUAGUGGUCCAUGAGAGCACUGCGCGCUCCUCAAACCAAGGUCAUGUCAGAACAGGAGUUGCCAGGUCUUUUGAUUAUGGAUGUUGGAGGAACUCAUGGUGUGCAAGAAAGCCUUGUGGCGCUUCUGAAGAAACACUUCUGCGUUAUCACCAUGAAAGAACUUCUUGAAAACAAAAAAGAAAUGGGGAAAAAAAUCCAAUCCAUUUUUGUGUCGGAGUCCAGGCCAACUAUCGACCGGGAGCUUCUAGAAAGCCUGCCUAAUUUAAAGGUCAUUGGAAACUCUGGUGUUGGAGUGGAUCACUUAAACUUGAAAAUGAUUUCUAACUUUGGUGUAAAAGUGACUAAUACCCCACACGCUGUUGCUGACUCAACAGCAGACAUGGGAAUGGCCCUAAUGCUGGCGUCUGCCAGAAGACUUGUGGAAGGCUUCCAGAUAGCAGUUUCUCCAGACACGAACUAUUUUGCUGCUGACUGGCUGGGAGUUGAAGUUACCAGGGCGACUCUUGGGAUCAUUGGGAUGGGCAGAAUUGGGUAUAAAGUGGCUCAGAGAGCCAGAGCCUUUGAAAUGAAGAUCCUGUACCACAACAGGAACCGCAGGAGCAAGGAGGAAGAGCAGGCUGUUGGUGCUUGCUACAGUCAGAUGGAAGAUUUGCUGCAGCAAUCUGACUUUGUUAUGCUGGUUGUGAACCUGACACCUGAGACUGAAAAACUGAUUGGGAAAAAGGAGCUGGGACUGAUGAAACCCACAGCCACUCUUAUAAACAUCAGCCGAGGUGCAGUUAUUGAUCAAGACGCACUGGUGGAAGCUCUCCAGAAUAAGACUAUUAAGGCUGCUGCUCUGGAUGUGACAUACCCUGAGCCUCUGCCAAGAAAUCAUCCUUUGUUGAAAUUAAAUAACGCCAUCAUAACCCCACAUAUUGGAACUGCAACAGUUCAAGCCACCCACAUGAUGACAGAAGAAGCAAUAGCAAACAUGCUGUCCGUUCUCAACUGUCAACCCGUUCCAAGUGAAGUGUUUCCCCAAUGAUGCGCACCAAACAGCAGCGCUAAAUCUCUGGCCCACGAGAAGGCUCCAUUUCAUACAGAAACACUAUUAGUUUUGAGCAGGAAAAAAAAGCAGCCGUGUUCCUGCACAGCUCUUUUGGUCACUCUGCUGCAAAGCUGUCAACUCGCUCAGCUUACUCUGUACUGGCAUUUACAAAAUCAAAACAGCGAAGUGGAACAGAUAAAACGGUUCCGUUUGAA